GUUUCAUUGUCUUUGGCUGGCUUUUGGCGGGGUGAUAAGGGAUGGCUUCAAAGCCCCUCCACCUCACAUUGGCCAUUAGCACCUCGACGCACCGAGCUGAAGCUCACAUCGUUGCACAGCGGUGCCGCGUAUAUCUGCGCCCCUCUUCUACUUUACAAGAAGCGGAGAACAUCAAAUAGAAAAAAUCAGUUCCGCAGCAGUAGGUAUCAGCAUAUAAUAACCGCCCGUCGCCAUGGCCCUCCAACGAUUCGCCAUCCCCGCGGCAAAGCUACUUCGCAGUAAGAGCCACAUCGUCCCUGGCCAGCUCCUCGUCACCGAGCACUUCUUCCAAGUGCCCCUGGACUACUCCAACCCGGCUGCCGGCUCCAUUACUCUCUUCGGCCGCAGCGCAACCAAACAUGAGACUCCCGUCUUCCCUCCAGACGAGCCUCCCUCUCCCAAGCCAUGGAUCGUAUAUCUCGAGGGCGGCCCCGGCUUUGGAAAUCGUGAGCCCCAAGACCACCCGCUGACUCGGACGGCGCUGUCUCGCGGCUAUCAGGUGCUUUAUCUCGACCAUCGCGGCGUUGGCUUCAGCACGCCUGUCUCAACAGCAAUGCUUGCUCGCCUCCCUGGUGGUAAUGGCCCCAAUGCCGUCGAUGUCCAGGCCAACUAUCUGAAACUCAUGCGCCAGGAUAACACUGUACGGGAUUGCGAAUCAGUCCGCAAGCUCCUUACUGAUGGGCUACCUGAGCACAAGGCCCGUUGGUCUAUUUUCGGACAGUCUUAUGGCGGCUUCGUCUCCAUCUCGUACCUGUCUCUCCACCCCGAGGGCCUGCGCGAGGUCUUUCUGACCGGAGGCCUGGCCCCCGUUGGCAAAACCCCUGACCAAGUCUAUGAGGCUACUUUCCGAAAAACUAUUGAGCGUAACGCCCUGUAUUACAAAAAGUUCCCAGAAGAUGCUGAGACCGUGCGUCAGAUAGCCACCUAUAUUGAACAGGAGGGCGGAAGUCAGGGCGUUCCCUUGCCUGGAGGAGGCUUCUUGACAGUGCCUCGCCUACUGACUAUUGGUAUUGCCUUUGGUGGCCACGGUGGCUUUGAUCAGGUCCACUCUAUACUACUCCAUCUGAAGUCUUCGCUCGACCAGUUUGGCUUCCUCACGCGAGCCUCUCUUACUCCCUUGGAGAGCUUCACCUCGUUUGAUACCAACAUCAUCUACGCAAUUCUUCAUGAGGCCAUCUACUGCAAUGGUCCCGGCAGUGCUUCAAAUUGGUCUGCUUACCGUGUCGGCCAAUCUCUCGCGCAAUUCUCCUGGCUCUGCAAGACCAAUGACUCGAUUACCUCAUCCGCCUCGCCCGACCAGCCGAUCCUCUUCUCCGGAGAGAUGAUCUUCCCCUUCCACUUCGAAACUUACCCCGAGCUGAUCCCCCUACGAGCUGUCGCCGACCGGCUCGCCAGCACAUCUGACUGGCCAGCUCUUUAUGACGUCGAUCAGUUGCGCAAGAACAAAGUCCCUGUCUAUGCGGCCUCGUACAUCCACGACAUGUAUGUGGACUAUGGCUUUGCCAAGGACACCGCGAAUCUGAUUCCAGGCGUAAAGACGUUUGAGACGAAUCUCAUGCACCACAAUGCCGUGCGGGCAAAGGCUGAAGAAGUCAUGCAGAACUUAUUCGGCCUUAGAGACGACGUAUUGGAUUGAUUUAUAGAAUCCGGCUCUCGAGCAACUCCAGGUUUGGGAACAUGGCAUGAGUAAAUAAGAAGAGAUAAAUGUCAUAAAUGACCAGGGUUUGAAUAAAUAAACAGUUAACCAUUUGGUGAUAGGAUAGACAGCUGUGGCUUUAAAAUCUUGGCUCUAUUUUUUAUUUUAUUUUCUCUUUUUUCUUUUUUCUUUUGCUCCUU